UUAUCUCCUUACAUUUCUGAAUUGCCGGAGUUCCGCAAGGCUAAACUCCUACCCUACUUAUCCACCCGCCGCUGCAAAACCCUAGCUCCUCAAAAGCGAUUAUCAGGUUUGUUAAAGUAAAUGGCGUCGACUAUUGCCACCAUGUCUUCUGUUGGUUCCCUGGCGGUUGCUGGCAGCCGUGCAAUGGACAAGAAGUUUUCUAGCUCUUCCGAGAAUCUAUCUUCUUUUGCUUCCAUUUCUUCCAGUUCCUUUAGUGGCAGGAGACACAAUGUGAUCCUUUCAAGAAGAUGUUUCCCCAAGAUAAGGGCAAUGGCUAAGGAGUUGUAUUUCAACAAGGAUGGAUCAGCCAUUAAGAAACUCCAAACUGGUGUUAACAAGCUUGCAGACCUGGUUGGGGUCACUCUUGGCCCCAAGGGCAGGAAUGUUGUUCUGGAGAGCAAGUAUGGCUCCCCCAAAAUUGUUAAUGAUGGUGUUACCGUGGCCAAGGAGGUUGAGUUAGAGGAUCCUGUUGAGAACAUUGGAGCCAAGUUGGUGAGACAAGCUGCUGCAAAGACCAAUGAUCUGGCUGGGGAUGGUACAACUACAUCUGUUGUUCUUGCGCAAGGUCUGAUUGCUGAAGGUGUCAAGGUUGUGGCAGCUGGUGCUAACCCUGUUCAAAUCACUCGAGGAAUUGAGAAGACUACCAAAGCUCUUGUUGCUGAGCUCAAGUUAAUGUCAAAGGAGGUUGAAGAUAGUGAACUAGCAGAUGUAGCUGCAGUUAGUGCAGGAAAUAACUAUGAAGUAGGAAAUAUGAUAGCAGAAGCCAUGAGUAAAGUGGGCAGAAAGGGUGUUGUCACUCUUGAAGAAGGAAAAAGUGCUGAGAAUAGCCUCUAUGUUGUUGAAGGAAUGCAAUUUGACCGAGGCUACAUCUCCCCCUACUUUGUCACGGACAGUGAGAAAAUGGCAGUUGAAUAUGAAAACUGCAAGUUGCUUCUUGUUGACAAGAAGAUCACAAAUGCAAGGGAUCUCAUCAAUGUUCUGGAAGAUGCCAUAAGGGGGGGAUACCCAAUUCUGAUCAUUGCUGAAGAUAUUGAACAGGAAGCACUUGCUACUCUUGUUGUGAACAAACUCAGAGGGGCAUUGAAGAUUGCUGCACUAAAAGCUCCUGGAUUUGGAGAGCGAAAGAGCCAGUACCUUGAUGACAUUGCCAUUCUGACUGGAGCAACUGUAAUUAGAGAUGAGGUUGGAUUAUCCCUCGACAAAGCUGAGAAGGAAGUCUUGGGUCAUGCUGCCAAGGUGGUUCUCACCAAGGAUGCCACUACAAUUGUUGGUGAUGGAAGUACACAGGAAGCAGUAAAUAAGCGAGUUGCUCAGAUCCGUAACCUCAUUGAGGCUGCAGAACAAGAUUAUGAGAAAGAGAAGCUCAAUGAAAGAAUCGCAAAACUCUCUGGUGGUGUUGCUGUCAUUCAGGUUGGAGCACAAACAGAAACAGAACUUAAGGAGAAAAAAUUGAGAGUGGAAGAUGCUCUUAAUGCAACAAAGGCAGCUGUUGAGGAGGGCAUUGUAGUUGGUGGUGGGUGCACCCUGUUGAGACUUGCGGCAAAGGUUGAUGCCAUAAAGGACAGCCUCGAAAAUGAUGAGCAAAAGGUAGGUGCAGACAUUGUUAAAAGGGCUUUGAGCUACCCUCUGAAGUUAAUUGCCAAGAAUGCUGGUGUUAAUGGAAGUGUUGUCGUUGAGAAGGUGUUAUCCAGUGACAAUCCAAAAUAUGGUUAUAAUGCUGCAACUGGAAAAUACGAGGACUUGAUGGCAGCUGGAAUAAUUGACCCCACCAAGGUGGUGAGAUGUUGCUUGGAGCAUGCAGCCUCUGUGGCAAGGACCUUCCUCACGUCCGAUGUUGUGGUUGUUGACAUCAAGGAGCCUGAACCGGUGCCUGCUGGAAACCCUAUGGACAAUUCAGGAUAUGGUUACUGAGCUGGGGCAUGAUGAAUUACAGAAGGUUGAAUAAGAUCCGCCAUCUCAAUGGGUGGCAGGAUGGAUAUCUUCUUCAAAUCCACCACUGAAAGCAUGGGCUUGGUUCUGUUUGUAAAUUCAUUGUGGAGAGAGUAGGAGAAAUUCCGGCCAGUUUAGAUUGCUGGAGUUCGGCAUGUAUCGACUGCAGUAAACUGCAAUGAUACUAUUAUUUUUGAGUAUUAUGAGAGAAAUUGUGUUCAUUGUCUUCC